GGGGCCAGCGGUUAGCGGAGGGCGGGGCCAGCGGUUAGCUGCUAGCUGCUAUUGUCGUUAGCUCCGGUCGAGUUCGUGAUGCUGUAAGCGCGCCGCCGCUCCGCCGCUCCGCCGCUCACUUGAGGAAAUGUCGGCGUACGGUUCGGAAGUGGAGGAGGACGAGCAGGAGACGCCGCUGCUGCACCGGGCACACGAGGACAAAGUGCACAGAGCCCCUGUGUGCGGCUCCUCCCGCUAUGGCCUGGCGCUGCUCUCCUCCUACGGCUUCUUCGUGGUCUACUCCCUGCGGGUGAACCUCAGCGUGGCGAUGGUGGACAUGCUCAACAACACGCACCAGUCCAGCGCCAACCACAGCGGCUCGGCGUGUCCCGCCCACGCCAACCCCGCGCGGCCCAAACACAACCACACGGCCAGCGUGUACGACUGGGACUCGGAGACUCAGGGCUGGAUCCUGGGCUCCUUCUUCUACGGCUACAUCCUGACUCAGAUCCCCGGCGGCUACCUGGCCGGCCGCUACGGACCCAAGUGGCUGAUGGGCUUCGGGAUCCUGGGCACUGUAAUUUUCACGCUGCUCACGCCCGUGGCGGCGGACCUGGGUGCGAGCUACCUCAUCGCCGUCAGGGUGCUGGAGGGCGUAGGAGAGGGAGUCACCUUUCCUGCAAUGUACACCAUGUGGGCAGCGUGGGCUCCGCCGCUGGAGAGGAGCCGACUGCUCACCAUCUCCUACAUCGGAGCCCAGCUGGGGACGGUGAUAUCUCUUCCCCUGUCGGGGGAAAUCUGUUUCUACCUCGACUGGACAUACAUCUUCUAUGUGUUUGGUGCCGUUGGCGUGGUGUGGUUCGUCUUUUGGGCUCUCUUCGUUUUUGACAGUCCAAACACUCACCCACGUAUUUCAGAGCGGGAGAGACUCUACAUCACCUCUUCGCUCAAGAAUGAGCUGUCCACGUCUGCGGGCUACAUCCCCUGGCGAGCCAUCGUCACGUCUGGGCCGCUGUGGGCCAUCGUCGUGGCUCACUUCUCCUACAACUGGACCUUCUACACCCUCCUCACCCUGCUGCCGACCUACAUGAACGACAUCCUGGGGUUCAGCAUACAGCAGAACGGCAUCCUGUCGGCUCUUCCUUACCUGGGCUGUGCGGUGUUCGCCGUCGUGAGUGGCCAGGUGGCAGAUUACCUGCGGGAAACCUGCCAGGUGCCCACGGUCACCGUCAGGAAGUGCUUCUCCCUCGUCGGUAUGAUCGGGCCGGCGGUAUUCCUGGUGGCAGCGGGAUACACCGGCUGCGACUACGUCUUGGCGGUGACCUUCCUCACCAUCUCGUCCUCUCUGGGCGGAGUGUCGGCCUCCGGCUUCAACAUCAACCACCUUGACAUCGCCCCUUCGUAUGCCGGCAUUCUGCUGGGAAUCACCAACACCUUUGCCACCAUUCCUGGCAUGGUGGGACCGGUCAUCGCAAGAGCCCUCACCCAAAAUAACACCAUAGAAGAAUGGCAGACCGUCUUCUACAUCGCCGCCGCCAUCAACCUGCUCGGGGCGUUGUUCUACGCCGCGUUCGGCCGGGGAACGGUGCAGCCCUGGGCCGUCCACGCGCCGCCUAGUCACGGAGACUGAGGCUUGAAGACGAGCGCGGCGACUCCUCCCCCCGUUCGAUUCUUCAGAUUUGUCAGGUGCACAAAAAUCACAAUCACAGGGUUAAAUCAACGGGUAAGAGACGGGGGCGCUGGUAAUUCUCAAAGCAGAGCUAAAUGACAGUGAGCAACAGCCAUGACAUCUAAAAGGCUAUUUUUUGACUGUGAAUGUGGACACUUAGAAAGCAGAUUGCACUUUUGAUUAAGCAGAAAUGCUUUGGAGGCAAAAAGCACAGCCAAAGAAACACAGUAUGCACCGCUAAACACUGUUACCACUAAUAGAAACGAGAAAAUGUAGCGUGCUAGUUCCAAAAUGAUCCCGAUGUUGUUACUUUCUGUUAUUGUGGUUUGCCAAGUUAACCGACAUGUUCGACCAAGUUGUUUAUUUCUGCCUCCAGUGCAUCUCUGCUUUAAUUUUUUUUUAACCCCAGAACCCUGCGGUAAAAACCCUCUGGAGUUUUAUUGCCACCGUUAAAGUAUUCAGUCGUCAGAAGGAGGUUCUCUUACUACUUUCUUCUUAAUGCACAGUUUAGGACGUCACAAAAUAUGCUACUUUGCAAGCCCAUAAGUAAGUGCAAUUACGUUGUUGUUGUAUUUGUUUUUAAAAAGUUUGCCUCAAAAAUGAUCGCUAUCCCAAACUACACACACACACAAUGGAUAACGUGUUUUUUUUAUAGAGUAGAUCGACUGCACAGCACGCACAAACAUGUAUUUGGGAAAAUGCCUUACAGUGAACCUUCUUAAAAUGUUUUUUUAAGCUUUUUUGAUGGUGUCUGAAGAUUCUCAGUUAUCAGGUCACUUCUAAGUGCGAUAUGAAGGCAAACGAUUGAGGUUCUUAAAGGUUUCACCUCGUUCACAAGGCUUGCCUUUGUACAGCACUUGGUCUUUCAUGUAGUCGUGAGUAAACCCUUUUUUGUAUUAACUUAGUCAGAGGUCGCAGUAAAAAAAAAAAAAGGGAUUUUAAAUGCGUUGUCUUUAAAGUUCGUGUCCACCAGGAACCUCUUUCAUGCUCGUAGCAGCCUCGAACUCAAAACGUAUUUCCAGUCUGUAACACUAAGAAGACGCCGAGCCGUCGGUGCCUUACUGAUAAAGGGAAAGAAAACUGCUUGACAAGAGGUUCCCGAUGGAAACAGCCUUGUUUUAUUCACAGGACUUUCACUUUCUGUGCCAAUUCUCAGGAAUCUUGUGUCAUAGAGAUUGAAAAAAGAAGUUAUUAUAUAUUUAAAGUGUUUUUAAUCCAAUUCACCUUCUACACUCUCAUACCCGAGGCUGCAAACAAUCUUUCUCCAAAAUAGCUUACUGCCCCUUUAAGUUUCACACCUUCAUCUACCACACUGAGAUAUGUGUACGCAGUUUUCAAUUGUCAACUGAUAUAUUCAUUUUUUGGGGGACUAUUUUCAAAUAGCCGAGGUAUGAGGUUGUCACCAUGGAAGCUGUAACCCCUCAGCAUUAGCUUAACUGACCAGCUGGUUAAAUAUACAUUUUCAGGUCUCUUGGAUAUAAAUUGAUAUUUGAGUUUACCCUAUAUAUAUAUAUACGCAGAGAGAAACAUUUGUCUUGGUUGUAAUUUCUGUCAACAAGUAGCACGCUCAUCCCAUUCAAUGUGGAAAUGUACUUGUGCCUUAUACAUUGAAAGUAUGACAAAAUCUUUUUGUUGUUGUUAAAGUAUUCCUUCUGUUUACUUCAGUUUCACAUUCAUGUGGAGAGUAAAAUGGACUUUUGUAUGAUUUAUAUAUAUGUUGACUGUAAACACACUAUUGAGGGAAAUUUCACCCUGGAAACAUUCCAGAGAUAAUGUCUUAAGUCACUGUCAUGCAUUGUAAAUACAUAUACAGCCAUGCUCCAA